UCAACGGGACUUCCGGCGUAAGGAGACGCCUGCCUUCCCAGCACCCUCUCUUCCCGCCGGGCACCACCAAAAGCCGAGUACCCAGGGGGAGAGAGAGAGAGAAACAUCGAGUCGGUCUUCUUGGUCCGGGCCGUCCCACCUGGAGACGUCUUUCCCUUUCUCACCCCGUGCCAUUGGCAGCGUCCCACUUUCCCGGAGUCGUAUCCCUGCUGAGACGGUUGCGCCUGCGCGGACGGCACCGGAGGCGGUUGGGGGGGGGGGCAAGAACAUGGCGCAGGCUCUUUCCGAAGAGGAGUUCCAACGGAUGCAGGCCCAGCUCCUGGAGCUUCGGACCCAGAACUACCAGCUGUCAGACGAGCUGAGGAAGAAUGGUGUUGAGCUCACCUCCCUCCGGCAGAGAAUCACCUUCCUGGACAAGGAGUUUGCCCGAGCCCAGAAGGCUCUGAGCAAGAGCAAGAAAGCCCAGGAAGUUGAAGUUCUGCUCAAUGAGAACCAGAUGCUGCAGGGCAAACUCCACAGUCAGGAAGAUGACUUUCGGCUGCAAAACAGCACGCUCCUUCAAGAGCUCAGUAAGCUUUGUGCACAGAUCGAGCAGCUGGAGCAAGAGAAUCGGCAGCUAAAGGAAGGCUCCUUGGGUCCGGGGCCUCCUAGCACGGGCAGCGGCCCUGUGGAUGGGGAGCUUCUGCGCCUGCAGGCGGAGAACACAGCCCUCCAGAGGAAUGUCACAGCCCUGCAGGAACGCUAUGAGAAAGAGCAGACGGGUUCUCCAGCCCCGCCAGAGGCUGCUGGAAAGGAGGAUGCGGGUGGGUGUGGGGACCAUGCGGGAGACCUGGUCGUGCCUCCUCCCUUGGCAGAGGCUGAGCUGAAGUGGGAAGUAGAGAAGGAAGAGAAGAGGCUACUCCAGGAGCGUUUGCAGGGGCUCGAGAGCUCGAAGCAGGCAGAGACGGCCAAGCUGCAGGAGGAGGUAGCCAAGCUGUCGGAAAAGCUGAAGAAGAAACAGGAGAGCUUCUUCCGCCUGCAGACAGAGAAGGAGGCUUUGUACAACGACAGCAGGAACAAGAUAGAAGAGCUUCGCCAGCAUCAGGAGGCAGAUCUCAAAGCUCAGGUAGUCCGGACUCAGAAGCUGCAGCAGGAGCUUCAGGCGGCAAACCAGAGCCUAGCUGAGCUGAGGGAACAAUGCCAGGCCGAGCGCCAGGACCACGCCAGCGCCCUCCGCACCCUCCAGGACCAGGCGGCGCGCCAAAGCGCAGACUUACAGGAGCGGGUGCAGGCACUGUUGGCGGAGAGCGAUGCUUUGCGGACCAACCUUGCUGCCCUCGAGCAGAUCCAGACAGCCAAGACCCAGGAGUUGUGUGCCUUGCGGGAGCAGACUGCGGGCCUGGCCACUGAGCUGCAGCAGCGCCAGGCUGAGUACGAAGCCCUAGCGGGCCACAGAGAUGACCUCAGCUCCCAGCUGCAGGAAUCGCUUCGGGCGAAUGGACGGCUUCUGGAACAGCUUCAGGUCCUGGGGCAAGAGAAGGAAAAUCUCAGUAGGGAGCUGGAGGAGGCCCGCAAGAGCGCCGAAAAGAGGAAGGCUCUUCUGGACGAGGUGGCGGCCGAGGCGCUGCAGGAAAAGUCGAGGCACAAGGAGGAGCUGGGCUCGGCCCGACUGCAGGCCGAGAAGGACGUGCUAGCGGUGAGGGCUCGCUACGAGCGGGAGCUCCGGCAGCUCCAUGAUGGUCGGCGGCGACAGGAGGAAGAGCUCCGGGCCCAGAUCCGGGAAGAGAAGGCACGGACCCGGGAUCUGGAGAGCCUGCAGCAGAUGGUGGAAGAGCUGCGUGCCCAGCUGCAGUCGAUGGAGGGAGCCAAGGGCUGGUUCGAGCGGCGACUGAAAGAGGCGGAGGAGGCCCUAGAGGAGCAGCAUCAGGAGCACGAAGAGAGCCUGCACGUGCAGGAGGAGCGCCACAAAGCCGAGCUGCAGCGGAAAGAAGAGGAGGUCCGGGCCGCGGAGGGCCGGCUGCAGGAGGCCGAGGCGCUGUGUGGCGGCCACCUUGACACCAUCGCUCGACUGCAGCAGGAGGUGAAGGACGUGGCGGACGGGCAGCGCAUCCUCGAGAAGAAAGGGAGCGCCACGCUGAAGGACCUGAAGCGGCAGCUGCAGUUGGAACGGAAGCGGGCCGACAAGCUGCAGGAGCGGCUCCAGGAGUUCCUGACCAAUAGCAAGAGCCGCUCUGGCUUUGAGGAGCUCGUCCUGUCAGAGAUGAGCUCCCCCAGCCGGGCCCAAACGGGCGACAGCAGCAGCGUCUCCUCCUUCAGCUACCGGGAGAUCCUCCGGGAGAAGGAGGGCUCAGCUGGCCCUGCUCGGUCAUCCUCAGGGAGCCCCCCAGGCCCGGCUCGACCAGCGGAGCUGUCGGAUGAGGAGGUAGCUGAGCUCUUUGAGAGGCUGGCAGAGACGCAGCAAGAGAAGUGGAUUAGGAGAAGGGAGGGGGGCCCUCGGGUCACACAGGAGCGGCCUGGGGGUUCCCGGGGACCCGAAGCCAGGGAAGCCUGGGAGAAAAAGAAGCCCGAACAUGUGAAGAGGUAUAAAAAAUACCUACAAGUUCAGACCCAAAGGGCCGGGGGCCCCUGCCCGCCCCUCCCUCCCCGCCGGGUCCCCCUGGCUGUGCCACCUGGGCCCGGAUCCCGGCUGCUGCUCUCCCACAGCUGCAGCCCGCCCUCUCCCAGGCAGAUGCCCGCCUGA